AUGUUAUCUUUAUUUUCAUCAAAAAAUAAAGACAAUGAUUCAACUACUAUUGAUUUAUUGUAUCGUCUAUGUAAAGAAAAUGAAAUAGAAAAGGUUCGAAAUACUUUACAUUUUAUUGAUAAUAGAAGUAUCAUUAAUAAAAUUCACGCAUCAACUGGUUCGACAUGUUUGCAUGUUGCAUGUUAUUAUGGACAUCGAGAGAUAGUAUAUAUUUUAUUAGAAUAUGGAGCUUCACGUUCAAUAAGUAAUUUACGAUAUAAUUUAACAGCUUAUGAAGAAACUAAUACAGAUGAUAUAAAACAAUUAUUAGAACAGAAACAAUUUUGUUCAAAUAAUGAUUAUAAUUAUAUUGAAUGGUCUAUGGUAGGCGAUGAUCUUCUUGAUAAACGACGUGAAUUUCGUCGCAUUAUUGAUUUAUAUAAAACCUAUGACAACCAUCAUUUAAUAUCAAAACUAUUAGUUGAAUUUAUUCAUUAUUAUUUAGAUGAAUAUUUGAUAAAACAAUGUAAUAAUACCGAAAAUUUGGAACGUCAAACUAUUCGUAAACAAAUUGAAAUAAUUCGAGAAUGUUUUAAAGAAGCCAUAGAAAAGCAAGAUUAUUUAACAUAUUUUAUAAAAGCUUAUACAUUAACAACAUGUUUUUUUAAAGAAUUAAAUAAACAUUUAGCUCUUUAUAUAUUAGAUUAUUUCGAUAAAACAAAAUAUUUUUCACCGAAUUAUCGUCUUGUGAAUUGUCUUACUCAUAUUGUAACACUUUUAAUUUAUCAUCCAAAUUUACCUCAAUAUCGAUUUCAAGGUGUAUGUUAUCGUGGUAUGAGAAUAACCCAACAUGAUUUAGAUGAAUAUCGAAUAAAUCAACACAUAUUAAAUCGUUCAUUUUUAUCAACAUCUAUUGAUCGUCAAGUGGCUGAAAUGUUUGCUGGUGAAAGUCAACAAUCUCAUAUGAGAUAUACUCAUCAAAGUCAUCGUCCUUUACAAUAUUCAUGUUUAUGUAAAUAUUUCAUAAAACAAAAUUCAACAGCAAUUAGUAUUGAAAGUUUAUCGACGAGACCAGAUGAAAAAGAAAUUUUAAUUAUUCCAUUUAGUGUUUUUAAAGUAACGAAUAUUAAGCGAAAUUAUCCUACGUCAACAAGCACAAUUUCAAUUGAAAUUGAAUUAGAAGAAUGUGAAGAUCCAAAUAAUAAUGAUAAUGAAUUAAAAAAUAUCGAAAUAUCGAAAACGAAAUCAAUUUUAUCAGAUGAUGAUAUAAGAGACUUCAGAGACUAUCAGAAACUUCAACGACGUAAAUAUCUUCUUUAUGGCAUCAAUGGAUUUUUACUAUUAAGUUUCUUUUUGGCUUUAAGUUUCACAUUCAUUUUUACUUUCGUUGUUAAAAAAAAUACUACUACAAGCAUGGAAAUGCCUACAAAAGAAAACGAUACUGACGUCGGCUAUCCAUUACCACUGGGUUGUCCCAACAUAUUAAAUCGAUCUACCUGGAAUGGACGUCAGUAUAUAGCUCGUGACAAGUUACCAACACUUCCGGUUACACAUAUUGUAAUGAUACCAAUAGAAGAUUCGAAUUCAACUAUGAAUCAACAAGAUUGUAUUAAACAAAUAAAAGGAUUUCAAGAUUAUCAUAUGAAUGCAUUAGGCUGGUUUGAUAUUGGUUAUAAUUUUAUCAUAUGUAAUGAUAAUCAUGAUCAACAACAAAUUUAUGAAGGCAGAGGAUGGAAAUAUAUUGGUGCGCAUUGUAAAGGUUACAAUUCCAGAUCAUUGGGUAUUGGUAUUGUGGGCAAUUUUACUAAUAUUAAGUCAAUGAAUACAUUUAAAUCAUUAAUUCAAUGUGGUAUUAUUAAGAAUGCUAUUAUAAAAAAUUUUACUUUGGUUGGAAUGUCAAGAAAUAUUUAUGAAUAUUAUUUGAACUAUUUUAGAAAUGAUACCGAUCUUCAAUAUAGCAAUAAAGCUAGUGGUAAACAGGUUUUUUGUCAAUAA